CGUGGCCAUCCACUGGUUAGAGAGGAUAGAAGACACUGCUAAAAAACAACAGGCUUGCUGUCUGUUUAAUUGAAGCGCGCUUUGUUGUUAAUUAAGUGUCAUUAAAGAGUUAAGGGGGAAGUGGAGGGAUGGUCCGCAGCUGUAAAGACAGCUGGUGCGCUCGGUUUGCGGAGCGACACCAGUCCGCGCUGAAUUUUGCGCUGCUGGUUGUCGGUUACAUCCUUUACCUCAUAAUCGGCGCCGGGAUCUUCUCCGCCAUCGAGCAGCCCUACGAGCAGGAGCUCCGUGAGGAGCUGAAGGCGGCCCGGCAGGACUUCCUGAGCAAUAACACCUGUGUGUCCGACGCGCGCCUGGAAGAGCUUCUGGCCCGCGCGCUAGAGGCCAGUAAUUACGGAGUGACCGUGCUGGGUAACAACACCAAUCGGAACUGGGACUUCGUGUCCUCCCUGUUCUUCACCAGCACCGUGCUGACCACAACAGGUUAUGGCCACUCUGUUCCUCUCUCAGACGAAGGGAAGGCCUUCUGCAUGUUCUACUCCCUCUUUGGCAUCCCAGUUACCCUUUUCUUCCUCACUGUUGUGGUGCAGAGGAUUAUGGUCCUGGUGACUCGACUUCCAUUGGCCUAUUUCCACCGUCGAUGGGCCAUGUCUAAAUCAAAGCUAGCCGCCAUACAUGCUGCCUGCCUUACCAUCAUCACGGUCCUGCUAGUCCUCAUCAUCCCUGCGUGGAUCUUAGUCAGCCUGGAGAAGGAGUGGGAUUUUCUGGAGUCUCUGUAUUUCUGUUUCAUCUCUCUGACGACCAUUGGCCUCGGGGAUUAUGUCCCCGGAGAGAUCCAGAGUAAAGAGGACAACCCACACCCACAGCUCUACAGGCUGGCCAUUACAGUCUACUUGCUGCUGGGCUUGGUGUUUGUGCUGGUGGUGCUGGAGACGUGCUACGAGCUUCCCCAGAUGAGACAUCUCGCACAGAGGUUCUACCAAGAAAAAGUUCGGGAGCUGGACUCCGAGACCACCAACAUCAUCGACCAGGAUCACCUGAGCGACGAGCAGAGCGAGCCCUCGAAUCACGUCACAGAUCACCUACCGGUCAUCCCUUCUGUGUUGGAACAGGCUGCGUCCCUACGGCUGGAUAGCAAGUCAACGCCUUACACCCCACCAUCGGGAUCUGCUGCCAACAGCAAACUGAGAUGACAGAUUGUCUGGAAAUUGCAAUCAAAAUCAUGACUGCUCAGGCUUUGACCUCGAAAUGUCUAUGCAUGAGGUCAAAAGGAGCCUGAGCACACUUGUGUGUACAUGUACGUGUAAGCUGGGUCACUUAAUCACUUUCUGCAAUUGCCAACACCAACAGACGUUUUGUGGCGCCACAGCAGGAACCACCCACAGAUUAUCUGGAUGGCAUUGUUUUCUCAUGUAGCUCCCAUUCCCUGCAGAUAAGAGCUCUAUCUGUGACACAGAGGAAGGGCUGGGCCCCCAAACGGAGGGAAGCCCCACAAGGUUCCACUUCCUGCCAAAGCCUUGAUGCGUAAUUCCAAAGUGGCACAGUUUGCUCUUGAGGAUUUCACACCCGCUCUUAGCACUUUGUAUAAUCUAUGGUGGUAUUUGCAUAGGAAAUUUGCCUUCUUGUUGGAAGAUGAAUAGCAGCACUAGAGGGGAAUCAGGCGUUGCCAUCAGUUGGCCUACUGUACAUUAUGUGAUAGGAUUCCUAGAAAAGGUUAUUGAUGUGAAUUGGGUGGAUAAAAUAAUAGAAACCUCUCAGUAUAAUGCAAAAUAGUUCAACAGCACCACAAACUGCAGCCUCCAUAAUUAUCAUAAUGUUGAAUCAAUGUCUUUCUAAAACUAUUUCAACAACAACAAAAAUUAUGCUUUCCAUAAAGGGAAGAUGGAAGAUGUAUUGCGAGGCUGUUGUCUUACACUGUACCUCAUAAACUGGACAUUGAAUAUAUAUCUCAAUGUGGUAAUCAUCAUGUAAUGUGUGCCCUCUCACCACUAGAGGGCAGCACUGGCAUCUUAUACACAAAAGAGUUACUUGAGUUUUUUGCUACUGGGAUUUUAUCUCUAAUGCUGCUCAGGGGAAAGUUUCAUAAAACAUUUAACUAUGCAAGAAUGUGUCAUUGUCACAACUGAGGGUGAGGGAGCAUGUUGCUUUUUUAAAUUAUCUAUUUCACUCAUGAGCUAAUGAAACAAAAAUGGGUUCAAAUUACAAUAGAUAAAAGGAUAUAAUGUGUCUACCAAAGAUCAUUUUGCUCCUGUUUUCAUUGUCAAUUUUCUACUUUUAAUCGAGAGCAAAACUUUGUCAUGGUAGUUUUUAUAAAAUCCAAUCAGCUUUCUGCAUAAAAUGUAAAUAAAUCAUGCAACAUUAAACAUUUUCUAAUUGAUUAUAUUUUUACGAAUGACAAGCGAUUCAAACAUUUUAUAUAAACAUGGGUUAUUUUAUUUAUUUAUACAUUACAGUAUCAUAUUCACAUCAUAGUUCAAGACACAUGCAGACUGAUAUAGGUACGCAUACACUCAACCACCCAUUCAAAUUCAUACAUACACACCCACACAACACACAAAAACUGUCCUUCAACCGGAUAAGCAACACUCACUCUGUAGAAAGAGUAGAGGAAGUAUUUGUCCUUCUGGAAUGUCAUUGGAUCCACAUGAGCUGCAGGACUGUUGAUGUGCAGUAGACGUUGACCUUUCACCUCCCCACAAAAGUUGCAAAGUGUAAAGUUGAGUUAUUCAAAAAUUGGUAGAACACACCAACACACACUUGCUCUCACAAACAUUCCCUCACUUGCCGUCACUCGUACAUACAUCGUAUGUACACACACACACACACACACACACGCACGUGUUUUCUAUACGAUCUGUUGCUGUUUGGAGCAGCGGGGCCAUAGAGGGCGCAAGCUGAAGAGGAAGAGGAUGAAGAUCA